AUGUACCUCCCUCUCGAAUUUGCCGAUAAGUACUUCCCUGAAGAUAGAGUAAUGGUGAAGCUGCGUGCUUGUUGCGAGGAGGUCGAGGGGUUUUUGAAUGAAACGCAGGUUGUUGCCGAAAGAGACAAUCAUAAUACCUUGUAUUUAAGACGAAGGUGGGGCGAGUUUCGCACCAACAACGACUUGCACGAGGGAGACGUGUCCCUGCUGCAACUCGUCGAUGUGAAAGACAAGAUCUUCAAUGUUUAUGUUUUUAGGGCUUGA